CCUACCAAAGUCAUAUCAACAAUGGAAGAGGUGCCGGCGCCGGUGACUGAAGAACAGAACAAGCGACGGUGUUGCCCACUCCGGCGGUCGCGCAAGGGGUGCAUGAAGGGCAAGGGCGGGCCAGAAAACCAGCGGUGCCCCUUCCGCGGCGUCCGCCAGCGCACGUGGGGCCGGUGGGUGGCCGAGAUCCGUGAGCCCAAUCGUGGUGCCCGCAUAUGGCUUGGUACCUUUGCCACCGCGCUCGACGCCGCACGCACAUACGACGCUGCGGCAAGGGCGCUCUAUGGUGACUGCGCACGCCUCAAUCUCGCAACAGCUCCACUUCCAUCCAUGACUGCGGAAGUUCCUCUCCUUCACGAACAAGCACAACAGCCUUCGACUCAUGGUACCAACACCAAUAAUACCAAUGUGCCAUGCUGCUCCUCCUCCAACUCAACACCGUCGCUGACAACCCGCACCAACUCAAGCACCUUGGACAGUGAGUUGUCAAAUUACAACAUGGCAGGGACGUCGGAGUUGGAGGACUUCGAUGAGUAUGUGGCGGGGCUUCCCAAGCCAGAAGACUAUGGCUUGGAUGGGUUUGAGGAAGUGAUGGACGAAUAAGGCAGAGGAGGGAUCAACAUCUAGGACCCCACCGUCGCAUCUGAGUGACAUACCAUGCAUGGCUAGCAACCGCUUCUUCCCGCAGCAACCCAACUCGUGGUGAUUAUAGAUCUCGCCGUCAACAUUAAAAGAAGAAAGUACAUGGAAAAUUAUAUACACCGUUGGUGCUCUCUUUCUACUUAGUAUGUUUUGUAUAUGUUGGUCGAUGUAAAUCUAGGAUGGAUCAUGUUGUGUUGUUGGUCCAUGAAUGAAGCAUGCAUGCAUCACCACAUCUUGGCAUAAAUGAUUCCGCAUACAUUC